AUCAGGCUCCAGGGCUGUCCGCCAUGUUGAGUGCAGCUGACGAUCGGACCUAAAGUCGUCUGCAGCUGGAUUCUGAGAAAUCUCACGAGACACGUUGAAGUGAAGUGAUCUGCAAGUGAAAGUCCCUGUGUCGAGAAGACGACUUGAAGGAUCAGCCAUGUGGAGGUAACACUUCUGAAGGAGCGAUGAUGACACCUGAACACACAGAGAACAACACCACACGUUAGAGUUCUGAUGUUUGAGUCAUGAGACUGCUGAACUCCAGGACCAACUUCAAGGCGCUAUGGCUGGUGACGUUCAUCUUCUGUGUGCUGAGCCUGACGUUCUGGAGCCGGCAGUGUCCGGAGGAGCAGGCGCGCCCGGCCCUGUCCCAUGGAGAGAGGGGGGAUUACUACGACCAGGAGAAGCCUAACCCCGACGCGCUGCCCAACGCGGCCGCCCCCCCACAUCACCUCAGCAUCCUGACGGCCGACAGCAGCCAGCUCAACCCCAACGCGCUGCCGCCCGGCAGACAUAAGUACCAGCCCAUCGAGUGCCUCAUCAACGAUGAGUACAGCAUCGAGUGCCGCCGGGAGAACGAGGAGGUUUACGUCCCGUUUAACUUCCUGGAGAAGUACUUUGAGGUGAACGGGCACAUUGCUGAGUACGAUGGGUACGACAGGUUCGAGUGGCAGCACAGCUACUCCCGCAUCUACCAGCCGCGCGGCCCGUACUCACCCGAGGGCAUCUUCAUGUCGUUCGAGAACUACAACGUCGAGAUACGAGAUCGCGUCAAGGCCAUCAGCGGGGUGGAAGGAGUUCCUGUAUCGACCCAGUGGGGCCCCGACCCGUACUUCUACCCUAUCCAGAUCGCGCAGUUUGGGCUGAGCCACUUCAGUAAGAAUCUGACCGAGAAGGAGCCGCGUGUGACGGUGUUUGAGCGGGGAGACGGGCAGGUGGGGACCAGGUGGGACGUCCCGGGGAAACAAGCGCAGGUGGAGUCAGUCACGGACAAGGGCUGCAGCUGCAGGGUGCUGCAGUUUCACACAGACGUGCUGCCUGCAGGUUUCGGCCCCACCCUGAUGCUGGGAGCCACGUCAGACCAGAUCCUGUCCUUCCACGUGAAGUUUUCCCCGUCGGCCGUGCUCUCCAACGUGUCUGUGGUGGUGGACACGUCCUACAAGAAGCAGUACAUCCUGCACUACACGUCCGGCACGGACCUCAUCUCUGCGAAAGGCACCAACAUUUACUACGGCAUCGGGCCCAGGCCAGACUGGAGCCUGAUCACCAGGGACCUGCUGUGUGACCUCAGGAAAGGUGUCGGCCUCUCCAACAGCAAGUCCGUCAAGAAGACAAAAAUCACCAUCAAGAGGGUGUCAAAGGUCAUCCUCCAGGGAGCGGGGAGGAUCAGUAACAUCACCAUGGCAACGUCCUCCCAUAUCCCGCAGUUCUUCGACGCUGCUGAUUGGUUUGUGCGUAACCAGGACGACGCUGGCGGGUGGCCGAUAAACGUUGUCCGUAAGCUCGUGGACGGGAUGCAGGAGCUGCCUCCGGGCUGGUACUCCGCCAUGGCGCAGGGCCAGGCCAUGUCCACACUCACGCGCGCCUACACCAGGACUCGCCACAGGCGGUACCUCGAUGCCGCCCUGCGCGCCACCAAGCCGUUCCGCGUGCCGUCUGAGAAGGGCGGCGUCCUGGCCGUGUUCAUGGGGCAGCACCGGUGGUACGAGGAGUACCCCACCACACCAAGCAGCUUCGUGCUGAACGGGUUCAUCUACUCGCUGAUCGGUCUGUACGACCUGCAGCAAACCGCGCCCGGGGAGGAGGGGAAGGAGGCUGCACAGCUGUACCAGGAAGGCAUGCGCUCGCUGAAGGCUCUCAUGCCGCUGUACGACACGGGCGCAGGCACCGUGUACGACUUGAGACACUUCAUGCUGGGCAUUGCCCCGAACAUUGCGCGCUGGGACUACCACACCACUCACGUCAACCUGCUGCAGCUGCUGGUGUCCAUCGACCCUGACCCAGUCCUCGCUGGGACCCUGAAACGCUGGGUGGGCUACACCAAGGGCAGGAGGGCCAAGCACAACUAGAUCUGCAGCAGGAAGGCCAAGCACAACUAAAACUUCAGCUGGAGGGCCUAGCACAACUAGCCCUGCAGC